AAUAAGGAAUAAUUAGCGAUAUUCCUUCUUCAUUUGGUAAUAGAUAAAAGAUCAUCUCCAUCCACUCAUUCAUGUAAAUAAUCCAUCUUGCAUUUUUUUCUUUCUUUUUUUCUUCUUCUUUCUUAACCCUCCCCCCUACUCUCUUGGCAAUGAUUACUGCUUGUUUAAGUCAACAAACACGCAGAACAACACAAACUGCUUUCCGUAGUUUGACUGCUCGCUCUUUAGCUACUCAACAUAACCCUAUUGCUGAAAAGAACUGCUCUUCUAUUACACCUCCUUAUGCUAAAUUAACAAAAAACCUUGAUCUUGUCAAACGUAUUUUGAAUGACAGACCGUUGACUUUGGCUGAAAAGAUUGUCUAUGCUCACUUGAGAAAUCCUGAAGAGAUCGUUCCUGUUCGUGGAGAAACUUAUUUGAAAUUAUCGCCUGAUCGUGUGGCUAUGCAAGAUGCUUCUGCUCAAAUGGCUCUUUUGCAAUUCAUGCUGUCUGGUAUGCCUACCACUGCUGUUCCUAGCAGUAUUCAUUGUGACCAUUUGAUUGCUGCUCACGAAGGCGCUGACAAGGACGUGGCUCAAUCGAUUGUGACCAACAAGGAAAUCUUUGACUUUUUGGAAAGUGGUGCUAAAAAGUACGGUAUUGCUUUCUGGAAGCCAGGAAGUGGUAUUAUUCAUCAAAUUGUGUUGGAGAACUAUGCUGCUCCAGGCGGUCUCAUGCUCGGUACAGAUAGCCACACACCCAAUGCAGGUGGAUUGGGUAUGAUUGCUAUUGGUGUAGGUGGUGCUGAUGCUGUGGACGCUAUGGCCAAUAUUCCUUGGGAACUCAAGGCUCCUAACGUGAUUGGUGUCAAAUUGACAGGCCGCUUAAAUCCUUGGGCUAGUCCUAAAGAUGUCAUUCUCAAGCUUGCUGGACACUUGACAGUCCGUGGUGGUACUGGCCACAUCAUUGAAUACUUUGGUGAAGGUGUUGAUACUUUAUCUUGUACUGGUAUGGCUACCAUCUGUAAUAUGGGUGCUGAAGUGGGUGCUACUACCUCCGUCUUUCCUUACACUAACAGCAUGCGUUCUUACUUGCGUGCUACUGGCCGUGGUGCUGUAAGCCAAGCUGCGGAUGCUAACACAUCUUUUUUGAAUGCAGAUAGCGGUGCUCAUUAUGACAAGGUGAUUGAAAUCAACCUGUCUGAAGUCGAACCUCAUAUCAAUGGUCCCUUUACACCUGAUUUAAGUACACCUUUAAGUAAAUUCAAGGAUUUCAUUCAAGAAAAUGGCUGGAAGGAUGAAUUGAGUGCUUCCUUGAUUGGUUCUUGUACCAAUUCUUCUUACCAAGACAUGUCUCGCGCUGCCUCAAUUACCAAACAAGCGACUGAAGCUGGCGUUGAUAUCAAGUCACAGUUUUUGGUAACGCCUGGUUCUGAACAAAUCCGUGCUACGAUUGAACGUGAUGGUCAACAACAAGUGUUUGAACAAGCAGGUGGUCAAGUCUUGGCGAAUGCCUGUGGUCCUUGUAUUGGUCAAUGGAAGCGUUCUGAAAAACAAGGCGAAGAAAAUGCCAUCUUGACUUCUUUCAACCGUAACUUCCGUAGCCGCAACGAUGGUAAUGCCCAAACCAUGAACUUUUUAGCUGCUCCCGAGAUUGUCACGGCCAUGGCAUUUGCUGGCAAAUUGUCUUUUAACCCCAUGACAGAUAGCUUGACAGGCAAAGAUGGUCGAGCCUUCCGUUUCCAACCUCCUACCGGUGAUGAUCUCCCUUCCCAAGGUUUUGAAGCAGGCCGUGCUACUUAUGAGCCUCCUUCUCCUACUCCUACACCUGAUCCUUCUGUCAAGAUCAACAUUGACCCCAACUCUAACCGUCUUCAAGCACUAGACGCUUUCCCUCCAUGGGAUGGUGAAGAAUUUAAAGACAUUCGUGUGUUGGUCAAAGUCAAGGGUAAAUGUACUACAGAUCAUAUCUCUGCUGCUGGUCCAUGGUUGAAAUACAAGGGUCAUUUACAAAACAUUGCUGAAAACACCUUGAUUGGUGCUCAAAAUGCUGACAAUGGUAAAGUGAAUGUGGUGACUGAUGUGACCAGCAACAAGGAAGGCUCUAUUCCUGAAGUGGCCAAGUCUUACAAGCGUCAAGAUAUCGAUUGGACUGUGAUUGCUGAUCAUAACUAUGGUGAAGGUUCUGCUCGUGAACAUGCUGCUCUCCAAGUACGUUAUUUAGGCAGCCCUAUGAUUAUCUCUCGUUCUUUUGCUCGUAUUCAUGAAACUAACUUGAAGAAACAAGGUGUGAUUCCCUUGACAUUUAAGCAUGAAGCUGAUUAUGAGAAAAUCAAUGGUGGUGAUGUGAUUGAGACACAAGGCCUUAAGCAGUUGGCUCCCGGAUCUACUGUCAAAUUGAUUGUGACUAAGCCAGAUGGCUCUAAAGUCAGCAUUGAUGCUGUUCAUACCUUAAGUCAUGAUCAACUUCAAUUUAUUCGCGCUGGUUCUGCCCUUAAUUUGAUUGCCAAGCAUGCUGCUCAACAGUAAAACCCCCUCCCCUUGCUUUUCAUACCAUAGAAUAACAAUAAAAAAUAGGUGUAGAUAAA